GAGAUGUUUCUUCUCCUCGGAUCAUCUGAGCUCAGUAGAUGUGAUGAAGAUGCAGCAGCUUCACAUUCAAACGCUUUUUAACGUCACUGCGACCAAGAACCACAGCCGCCGCUCACACUUCCGGUGCAACGAGCUAGCUUGUAGCCUGAGCUAACGUUAGCUGUCAGAUUUGUCAACAAGCCGAUGUCUCGUCUCUCCACGAGCACCGGUGCAGAUCGAUCCGGUUCCCGUCCGCCUCAGGCCGCCAUGUCUCGCGCCCGCCAGCCCCCGCUGGUCACCGGCAUCUCGCCCAAAGAGGGCACCGCCUGGACCAAAGUCACCAUCCGUGGAGAGAACCUCGGCACGGGCCCGGCUGACCUCAUAGGUCUGUCGAUCUGCGGCCAUAACUGCCUGCUGACAGCCGAGUGGAUGUCAGCCAGCAAGAUAGUGUGCCGCGUGGGCCCCGCCAAAGACGACAAGGGAGAGAUCAUCGUCACCACCAAGUCGGCAGGUCUCGGCACCUCCACCGUCUCGUUCAAGCUGUUCAGGCAGGAGCGGAUCGGUAUCCUGGAGCAGUCCGCUGUGUGGGUGGAUGAGAUGAACUACUACGACAUGAGGACCGACCGCAACAAAGGCAUCUCCCCCCUCUCCCUGCGACCCAGCAAUCCACUGGGCAUCGACAUAGACAAGGGCAAAAUCCCUCAGAGUGACAUGGAGAUGACGUUCCCAGGAAUGAGUGGAGACUUCACCAGUGAGAACUUCUCUGCCACCUGGUACCUCAUGGAAAACCAUUCAGGAUCCAGUUUCGAGCACUUGAAGUCUGCAGCCAGUAACCUGAAGAAGCAGGCCACUAAGAAGAACGAGGGGAGCCUGGCCUAUGUGAAGGGCGGCCUCAGUACGUUCUUCGAGGCCCAGGACGCUCUAGCAGCGAUCCACCAGCGACUUGAGUCCGAUGGCACAGAGAGGGUGGAGGGAUCAAUGACCCAACGACUGGAAAACAUCCUCAACAGAGCGAGUGAUACAGCCGAUACUCUUUUCCAGGAGGUCUUGGGGAGGAAGGACAAGGCUGACUCCACACGCAAUGCACUCAACGUGCUGCAGCGUUUCAAGUUUCUCUUCAACUUGCCACUCAACAUAGAACGCAAUAUCCAAAAGGGAGAUUAUGACGUGGUGAUCAAUGACUAUGAAAAAGCCAAAUCUCUGUUUGACAACGCUGAGGUCCCUGUUUUCAAAAAAGUUUACGCUGAAGUGGAGACGAGGAUCUGCUCUCUGAGAAGUCUCUUGUUGGAGAAGCUGUUGCAGACGCCGUCGACGUUGCACGACCAGAAGCGAUACAUCAGGUACCUGUCCGACCUGCACGCCCCUGGUGACCCGGCGUGGCAGUGCAUCUACGCUCAGCACAAGUGGAUCCUGCAGCUGAUGCAAAACUGCAGGGAUGAGUUUAUCAGUGGCCAGAGAGUGGGUGUUGGACUUCUGGACCUGGAGGGGGAUUCCCGCCCGCUGGCGCUCGGCCGGCUCGGCCACACCGCGUCUUUGAAGAGAGGGGGCAGCCUGCGAACGCCACGACCCAGCACCUGGCGCUCCGAAACACCUCAGCAGGUGCAGUUUGUUGAGAAGCUGUCGGACGUGGUGAUUGGUCAGCUGCCGAACUUCUGGAAGCUCUGGAUCUCUUAUGUCAAUGGGAGUCUGUUUAGUGAGACUGGAGAGAAAUCUGGGCAGGUGGAAAAGUCCAAGAAGAACGCCAGACAGAGACAGAAUGACUUUAAAAAAAUGAUUGAGGAGGUCACCAAUCGGCUGGUGAAGCUUAUCCGAGGGGCUCUCCUCCCCACCACCCUGCCGCAGGGGGAGCUGAACCUCUACGGAGGCUGGGAGAACAAGACGGAGCUCACUGGAGCCUGGCUCACACAAAUCAUUCACACCGUCAGGAGUUGUCAUGACGCUCUGUCUGCGAUGGAGAUCCCAAACGAUCUGCUGCAGGUGAUCCAGGAUCUGCUGCUGGAGCUGAGAGUCCACUGCCUCAUGGUGUCUCUGCUGCACACAACAGAAGACGUGAAGCGUCUCGCUGAGAAGGAGGACUGGGUUGUGGAUAACGAGGGAAUCACCAGCUUGCCGUCACAGUUUGAACAGUGCACGGUCCUGAUGCUGCAGUCGCUCAGAGAGCCGCUGGAAGUCAAACCAGGAGAGAUCAAUGUGUUGCAGUUGGACCAGGUCCAGGAUCAGGUCACAGAGCUCAGUGUGAGCAUCAUGAAGGUUUUCAUCAACUGCUUGGACCAGCUGAGCACAAAGACAGACGGAGACAUCGAUGCAUCUCACAACAUCGCAGUGGACCUGUCCUCUCCAGAUCGGUUUACCGCCGUUCAAGAGGGCUUCUGUCCAACAUCUGAGCAGCGCCUGCUGAUCAUCCUCAGUAACUGUCAGUACCUGGAGAGACGCACCUUCCUGAACCUGGCCGAUCACUUCGAGAAACACGGCUUUACGGGGACGGAGAAAAUCACACGGGUGAGUGUGGACGCUGUGCGAGAGCUGGACAGGAAGCUGUUCGAAGCCUACAUUGAGCGACGGGCCGACCCGAUCGCUGGCUCCCUGGAGCCCGGCAUCUGCGCUGGAUACUUUGACUGGAGAGACUGUCAAACACCUACAGGUGUCAGGAACUACCUGAAGGAAGCUCUGGUGAACAUCAUCACGGUGCACGCUGAGGUCUUCACGGUCUCCAAGGAUCUGGUUCCUCGGGUUAUAUCGAAGAUUGUUGAGUCAGUUGCGGACGAGAUGAGUCGUCUUAUGCAAUGCGUGUCCUUGUUCAGUAAAAACGGAGCCCUGCAGGCUCGUCUUGAGAUCUGCACUCUGAGAGACGCCAUCGUUGGGUACCUCAACUCUGAGAGCAACCAAAGCUUCAAUCUGGCUUUAGACGCCCUGCCGCAGCUACAGAGCGGAGCCGAUACCAAGCUUCUGGAGCAGCUGAUGGACAAGUUCACGAGCAGCAUGCAGCUGCAGCUCACCUGCUUCCACCCGUCGUCUGUGCAGCCUGUGAAGAGAUGAACCGCCUCUUAUCUGAAUCAUCGAAUGAACGUCUCUCUUAUCACCGUGUUCACUCAUCUCCUCUCUUCUCAGAAUCACUUUCUGCUUCACCUGAUUGAACCCUAAUGUUUAAACUUAUUACUAAUUUCACUGUUACUGUGCCGGACAGUCCCAGAUGAGCUGGUUAUGCUAAUGACGCUAAUGUGCCGUGUUUGACAGUCGGGACCACCGUCUGAGCUCGGAGGUGAACGUCUGUCCCGAACAUUCAAAGAAGCCGUUGAAGCUUUGUCCUGUGACAUUUCAGCCGCCCAAUAAAGUGAAACAACUUCAUGUUAAAA